AUGGAGGUGUUCCAACCCCUCCUCGUCUCCGCCAUUGCCGUGGCCCUAGUGCACGUCCUCAGGCACCUGGUGAAGCCCAGCAAGGUCGUGAGGCACCCGCCGGGCCCGUGGAAGCUGCCGGUGAUCGGCAGCAUGCACCACCUGGUGAACGUGCUCCCGCACCGCGUGCGCUCAGGGACCUCGCGGGCGUCCACGGCCCGCUGA